CCGCCGCAGUAGCGAGGGUCGAGCGGCUGGGGAAGGAAGCGAGCCUCUGAGGCGUACGGGCCGAGCGGACAGCUGGUUGGUGCUCAGGCCCCUGCUGCGGCGGCAGGUCCCUCCACGUGUUUUCGGCAGCGACAUGGAGCUGGAGGAGUUGGGAAUCCGAGAGGAAUGUGGCGUAUUCGGGUGCAUCGCCUCAGGAGAGUGGCCCACGCAGCUAGAUGUGCCGCAUGUGAUCACUCUGGGACUCGUGGGGCUGCAGCACCGGGGUCAGGAGAGUGCUGGUAUUGUGACCAGCGAUGGGAAUUCAGUACCAACAUUCAAAACACACAAGGGAAUGGGUCUUGUAAAUCAUGUCUUUACUCAAGACAAUUUGAAGAAAUUAUAUAUUUCAAACCUUGGAAUUGGACACACAAGAUACGCCACUACAGGAAACUGUGAAUUGGAAAAUUGUCAGCCCUUUGUUGUUGAAACACUUCAUGGGAAAAUAGCUGUGGCACAUAAUGGCGAAUUGGUAAAUGCUGCUCAAUUAAGGAAAAAGCUUCUGCGGCACGGUAUUGGUUUGUCAACAAGUUCUGAUAGCGAAAUGAUUACCCAGUUACUGGCAUAUACCCCUCCUCAGGAACAAGAUGGCACUCCAGAUUGGGUAGCAAGGAUUAAAAACUUAAUGAAGGAAGCACCCACAGCAUACUCCCUGCUUAUAAUGCACAGAGAUGUUAUUUAUGCAGUUCGAGAUCCUUAUGGAAAUCGUCCUUUAUGCAUUGGACGUCUUAUGCCUGUAUCUGAUAUAAAUGAUAAAGAGAAAAAAUCUUCAGAAAUAGAAGGAUGGGUGGUAUCUUCAGAAUCUUGUAGCUUUUUAUCAAUUGGUGCAAGAUAUUACCGUGAAGUCUUGCCUGGAGAAAUCGUGGAAAUAACCAAACGUAGUGUCCAAACUCUUGACAUUAUACCAAGGUCUGAAGGAAACCCGAUGGCUUUUUGUAUCUUUGAAUAUGUUUAUUUUGCAAGACCAGAUAGUAUAUUUGAAGACCAAAUGGUUUACACAGUAAGAUAUCGCUGUGGUCAGCAGCUCGCAAUUGAAGCCCCUGUGGAUGCAGAUUUGGUUAGCACUGUUCCGGAAUCUGCUACACCUGCUGCUCUCGGUUACGCAGGAAAGUGUGGGCUUCCAUAUGUGGAAGUGCUAUGUAAAAACCGGUAUGUAGGAAGAACCUUCAUUCAGCCAAACAUGAGGUUAAGACAACUUGGUGUUGCAAAAAAAUUUGGAGUAUUGUCGGACAACUUUAAAGGCAAAAGAAUUGUUCUUGUAGAUGAUUCAAUUGUAAGAGGCAAUACCAUUUCACCCAUAAUCAAAUUGCUCAAAGAAUCUGGUGCAAAAGAGGUACACAUUAGAGUGGCUUCACCACCAAUUAGAUAUCCAUGCUUUAUGGGAAUAAACAUACCAACAAAAGAAGAGCUUAUUGCCAAUAAACCUGAAUUUGAACAUCUUGCAAAAUAUCUGGGAGCAAACAGUGUUGUAUAUCUGUCAGUGGGAGGACUGGUUUCAUCUGUACAAGAAGGGAUAAAGUUUAAAAAACAGAAAGUGGAAAAGCAGGAUAUUAUGAUUCAAGAGAAUGGGAAUGGUCUGGAAUGCUUUGAAAAGAAUGGUCAUUGUACAGCUUGUCUCACUGGAAAAUACCCUGUGGAAUUGGAAUGGUAGCUGGUAGGGACAGAUAAGAAUUUUCAAGAUAUAAAGUUGGUCAAGUUUUAGUGGUGGUUAACAUCCUAUCCAUUUACUGUUACUCCCUUGAAACGAUGUAAAAUGCCACACGCUUAUGUUUACCUUUAUAAGUUUUGAGAGUUCUGAAAAGAGUACCAAAGUGCUAUGCUUUCCUUAACAAUCCUAGAUAAAUAUUUUGGUGUUAUCUAGGAAUUUGGAUGAUCCUUUCAGUUUUAUUUAGUAGUUUAGUACUUUGAGGCUACCACUUCUGAGAUCAUAUACAUAUAAUUUCGCAUCAGCAACAAUAAUGCAAAGAAUAGGUAAAUUUCUGUUUUAGUGAGGAUUGUCAGGCACUAUACCUUCCCACAGAUUCUUACAGAAUUUUGUGGAAUGUUUCUUGAAAGUUAUUGAAAUUCAGUUGUGGAAUAUUUUCAUAAUUGAAGCCUUGCUAAUCGUAAAUAAUACUACAACAUUGGUGUUUCUUUUGU